AUGGCCUGGGCGGCGGGGAACUGGACGCCCGUGCCGCACUUCGUGCUCCUGGGGCUGUCCCCCGGCUCGCCGUCGCCGGCCGGCGCGGCCGCGGUGCUGCUGGCGCUGCUGGCGUGCGCGCCCACGCACUUCCGGCUGGGCGCCGACUGCGGCUGCGCGCCCAUGCACUUCCUGCUGGGCUGGCUGGCGCUCGCCGACAUGGCGCUCGCCUGCACCGUGGCGCCGCGCAUGGCCGCGGACCUCCUGCGCGGCGGGGGCGCUGUCUCCCUCGCGGGCUGCGGGCUGCAGAUCCUCUCCUUCCUCACGCUGCUGGGGGACGAGUGCUUCCUGCUGGCCGCCAUGGCCUACGACCGCUACGUCGCCGUGUGCCGCCCGCUGCGCUACGCCGCCGUCAUGAGCCGCCGCGCCUGCUGGCGCCUGGUGGCCGCGGCCUGGCUCUUCGGGCUGGCGGACGGGCUGGCGCAGGCCGUGUCCGCGCUGCGCUUCCCCUUCUGCGGCGCGGGGCGACCAGUCGACCACUUCUUCUGCGAGGUCCCCGCCGUGCUCCGGCUGGCGUGCGCCGACACGGCGCUGUACGAGACGCUCAUCUACGUGUGCUGCGUGCUCAUGCUGCUGCUGCCCUUCGCCGCCGUGGCCGCCUCCUACCUGCGCAUCCUGGCGGCCGUGCUGCGCAUGCGCUCCGCGCGCGGCCGGCGGAAGGCCUUCGCCACCUGCUCGUCGCACCUGGCGGUGGUCUCGCUCUUCUACGGGGCCGCCAUGGUCACCUACAUGCGGCCGCAGGCCUACCACUCCGCCAGGCAGGACAAGGUGGUCUCGGCCUUCUACACCCUGGUCACCCCCGUGCUCAACCCGCUCAUCUACAGUCUGAGGAACAAGGAGGUGGCCGGGGCGCUGAGGAAGCUCCUGGGCAGGUGUCCCCGCGGCGGGGCACUGGGCUAGGUCUGCGCCCGGG